AUGUCGGAUGCAAGCGACACUGAAUUGAUGGGUUCUUCAAUAUCAAUAAAUCAUAUUCCUAAUUUACCAAAGUUAUUAAUCACAGAUAUAGAAAACGUACAAGACAAGUGCAAUAUCGCCAUAUCCAAUAUGUUUUUGCUAGACUUUUCAAAAAGUAGUCGUGCUGAUCAAAAGGCUUUGCAAAGUUCAUGGAAGGUCAUGGUUAUGAGCUUCCAGGUAUCUUUCAUGGAGUGGAGAGAGCCCAGAUUAUUCCAUGAUUACUAUUUCGAACCCAUCCUUGCGUUCAACACCAUCUGUAAGCAAUCUUUCGGUACUAUUAUUCCAGACACCUGGAAUGACUUGGCUGUUGGCUUGAUAAAUCAUGCUUGCUUCGCACCUUAUGCAUAG